AAACGUCCUUGCUAAAGAAUCUAUAUUCGUGAAGGUUUCAAAAUCGAUUCCAAUUUCGGUUUGUCGGUUCCGAUUCCAACGCCAAUUCCGGGAACUGAUUCCGGACCUACUAUCUGGAAUCGAAUCCAUAAAACUUCGAAGCUAGCCGGAAUCAAUUCCGACCAAAAGCUAUCUUUUUCCCAUCACUAGUCGGAUCAGUGCGGAUCAAAAACGUCAUAACAUUGCCGACCAAAACACACGUUCCCGUGCCGCUGUGUGCCUAGUGAUUUGUGUGUCCAGCUCGAUGCCAUGGGUGACACCGGGCCGGAGUCGGACCCGACGGCCAGCAAGCGGCCGAAACUCCAAUCAACCACCGACCAGCCCCAAUCAGCCGUGCGGUGUAAAUAUUUCGUCCAGCGCAAGAAGCGCUACUGCAAGAUGACGGUCGGCACCGGGAAGGAGUACUGCGGGGAGCACGAGCCGACCGCCGCCGAGCCGGUGGCCGCCUCCGGUGCCGACCGCAUACCCUGCCCGCUCGAUCCGAAGCACUCGGUGUCGGCGGCCAAGCUGGAGAAGCAUCUGAAAAUAUGCAACGCUCGUCCGCCGGCCGAGCAGAAGCCGUACCUGGUGCCGGGCAUUAACUGUACCUCCUCGGACGACGAGCAGCCGGAGAGAGCGGGCAGGGAGGAGAAGGUGACGAAGCUGGCCGACAUACCGCCGGCCGAGCUGCUCGAGCUGAUCGGCAAGGUGAGUGCGCUGUACGAGUCGGCCGGACCGCUAAUCAAGGAGGAGUCGCCGCGCCACAGCAUCCUGGCCGACGAGCUUACGGUGGAGGGGUACGGGCCGCAAACGCUCAAGCAUCUGGUGCAGUCGUCCGCCCUGCUCGGGCUGGCCGAGCAGUGCGACUUUCUGCGGCCCGACACCACGUUCGUGGAGUUCGGCGCGGGCAAGGGCCAGGUCGCGUACUGGCUGGCGCGGAUCGUGGAAACGGCCCCGCUCGCCCGGUCCGCCGUUCUGCUGGUCGACCGGGCGUCGCACCGGCACAAGAAGGACAACAAGAUCGAGACGCGCGAAAUCGUGCAGCGGGUGCGGGCCGACAUUGCCGAUCUGGAGCUGCACCGAGUCGAGCUGAUCGAGGCCGGGGCGGGUCGGUGCGGCGUCGUCGGCAUCGGGAAGCAUCUGUGCGGUGCGGCUACCGAUCUGGCGCUGCGCUGCCUGGUGCGCAGUGGCACGAACGGUACGGCGGUGCGGGGCUGUCUGUUUGCGCUCUGCUGCCAUCAUCGGUGCGAUUGGCGCACGUUCGCCGGGAAGCGGUUCCUGCUGGAGAGCGGCAUUACGCGGGCAGAGUUCGAGAGCAUCGUGCGGAUGGUGAGCUGGGCCGUUUGUGGCACGGGACGUAGCCGGGAGCGGCAGCAGGAGGACGACAAGCCGGACCGGUGCGGGCUGACGCGGCCGGAGCGGGAAGCGAUCGGGCGGCGGUGCAAACGGCUACUCGACAUUGCCCGGCUGCGGUACAUGGAGCGCCACGGGUACGAGGCGUCACUCAAGUACUACGUCACGAGCGACGUGACGCUGGAGAAUGUGUGUCUGGUGUGUGUGAAGAAAUAAAACAGUUCUGCCGACCCUAAAAAAAAA